AUGGCUAAUAACCUUCAAUAUGCGGCGGGCCAGGUGGAGGCCUUGGCAGGGGAGAAGGAAGCUUUGCAGGUGAAAGUAAAGAAAUAUGGUGAGCAUUUGGUUGCUGAGGGGUUGUCAAGGAAGGCCUUAGAGGAGGAUAUGGCUAGAGUUUUCCAGGAAGGCAUUGUUCGCGUGGUGGACCGGGUGGUGCAGGAUAAAGUAGCCACUGCAAAGUUUGACCCUGGGGAACCAAGUGCCAUCAUGUAUAAGACCCAUGCAAUGCAUGCCUCCGUGAAAGCUUUUAUAGAGACAAAAUUUGCUUCAUAUCUUCAAAUGGGUGAGCUCUAUUUGGAAGGACUUUGCCAAUUAUGCAGCAAUCCUGACACCGAGGAGAACCCACCAGAAGGUAGCUCCUUGAACGAUGAACCCUCCUCCAAUCUUGUUGGUAAAUGA